ACAGGCUGAUAUCACAGGUUAAAGGCCACUGCAGAGGAAGAAGUGAUUCUGCUGAGACGGCACCACACCAUGAGGAAGAUCUCUAAGACAGGAAGGUAACAGAGGACAAAGGAUUUCACAAGCAGCUGUAUGCACAGGAAAGUUGCACAGAACGAUCAACAAUAUCUGCUUUGAUAACGACUGAAUGGCUGCUGUGAAACACUGAAGCUCAAGAAACACUGGGGGGUUGAUCCGAUCCUCCUCAUUUCGCUCCAGCCCAGCCCUUCAGAUUCCCUCUGGAUCUCCAGUCCAGCUGCUCCGUUCUUCAGCCAGUUGGUUUCUCUGUGACGAUGGCUACCACCUCACCCAAAGACAAAUAUUUGGGCGUUUGGGUGAUCUUCUUCAUGCUUGGUCUGGGAACAUUGCUGCCCUGGAACUUCUUCAUGACCGCUACCAUGUACUUCAGGAGUCGUCUGAAGGACCCUUUGCUCACUGAGGUUUCAGCCAAUCAGAGCGAAGCAGCAGGUGAACAUCAAAGUGUCCUAGAGACCAAAUUCAACAACGUGAUGACGCUCUGCGCCAUGUUGCCUCUGCUGCUGUGCACCUGCCUCACCUCCUUCCUGCACACCCUCAUCCCUCAGCGCCUGCGUGUGAUGGGAAGCCUCUUCAUCAUCAUGUUUGUCUUCAUCAUCACUGCUGUCCUUGUCAAAGUUCCUCUGGAGCCGCUGCCUUUCUUCUCCAUAACCAUGGUGAAGAUAAUCAUCAUCAACUCGUUUGGUGCAGUGCUGCAGGGCAGUCUCUUUGGGAUGGCCGGUUUGCUUCCAGCUUCGUACACCACUCCCAUCAUGAGCGGCCAAGGACUCGCCGGAACCUUCGCUGCCGCUUCUAUGAUCUGCGCCAUUGCAAGUGGUUCUGAGCUGGAGGACGCAGCAUUCGGCUAUUUCAUCGUAGCCUGUGUUGUCGUUUUCCUGUCCAUCUUGUCCUACGUCUUAUUGCCCAAACUGACAUUUUUCCAGUUUUAUCAAGAAAGGAACAGAAAGCAAAGAUCAGAUAAUGAGCAGAAUGCCGUCACUCUGAUGAAUGCAGACAAUAAAGAUGCUGCAGAAGAUGAGAAACAACAAAGCAUCUCCAUGAUGAAGAUCUUUAAGAAGGUCAGACACUAAAUCCACAUUAAUCUG